AUGCUCGCCCGCCGCCAGCUCCUCGUCCCGACCUCCGCCCUCUCCUCCCGCACAGUCACCGCCGUCCGGAUACUCCAGCAGCAGCAGCGCGGCUACGCCACCCCCAAGGGCGCCCCUCCCACAAGCUUCCGCACGAGCAAGCGUGUCGAGUGGCCCUGGGACAAGAACAGCACCCUCGAUCGCAUGGGCAAGUUUUUCCUCAUGACCGAGAUGGCCAGGGGCAUGUACGUCUUGCUCGAGCAGUUCUUCCGACCUCCGUACACCAUCUAUUAUCCGUUCGAAAAGGGCCCCAUCUCCCCCCGGUUCCGCGGCGAGCACGCCCUCCGACGAUACCCCUCUGGCGAGGAGCGCUGCAUCGCCUGCAAGCUGUGCGAAGCCAUCUGCCCGGCCCAGGCCAUCACCAUCGAGGCCGAGGAACGGGCGGAUGGCUCCCGACGCACCACCCGGUACGACAUUGACAUGACAAAGUGCAUCUACUGCGGCUUCUGCCAGGAGUCCUGCCCCGUCGACGCCAUCGUCGAGAGCCCCAACGCCGAGUACGCCACCGAGACGAGGGAGGAGCUUCUGUACAACAAAGAGAAACUCCUUUCCAACGGCGACAAGUGGGAGCCCGAGCUCGCCGCCGCCAUCCGCGCCGACGCACCCUACCGAUGA